UCCGUUGUGAUCGCUGACCAUUGCUUGCACCUCUUGUUUUCAUUACCUUCGCUUUCCACUACAGUGAAUAUGCCUGGCAUUGAUAAAAUAAUCAAGGGAAUUUUGCAUUUUAGAAGAUUUGAUCGACCUUUCAUGGUAGAAGAGUUUCUGAGGGUGAAAGCGGACCCACAGCCCAGCUCGGUGUUCUUUACCUGCAUGGACAGCCGAGUGCUGGCAUCGAGGUUCACCACCAGCCAUGUUGGGGACAACUUCUUCAUCCGUAACGCUGGGAACCUCAUCCCGAAUGCCAAGCACUUCAGCUACGAGUCUGUCACAACAGAACCCGGUGCGCUGGAGCUAGGCUGCAUCAUCAACAACAUUAAACAUGUGGUGGUGUGUGGACACUCCGACUGCAAGGCCAUGAAUGCACUGUACGGCCUCCGCCACGACUGUCACCACCAAGUAGGCACACCACUACAGAUGUGGCUCAAGAAGCACGGCCAGCCCACAGUGUCCAAGUUUGAAAAGCUGGAAGCAGGAAACAACUACUCCGGACCUCUGACAUUCCAGGGCGAAACCGAGAAAAGCAACUUUGACGCAUACAUUGAUCCAGAGAACAAAUUUUCAAUGGCGGACAAAUUUUCUCAGGUGAACUGUCUGCAGCAACUACAGAACAUUGCAAGUUAUGAUUUCCUGAGAGAGAAGCUGCACAGGAACGACGUGCGGCUCCAUGCCAUGUGGUUUGACAUCUACACCGGCAACUGCUUCAUGUUCAGUCGAGAGAGGAAGAUGUUUGUGGAAAUUACGGAAGACAAUUAUGCUCAUUUGAUUAAAGAUGCUCACAGUGAUCUCCACUAACAGUCAAAGUUUGUGUGGGCUGAAAUCUGGAACAAGAUCAUAAAACUACACCGAGGAACAAGAUCAUAAAACUACACCGAGGAACAAGAUCAUAAAACUACACUGUGAUAUGUCUCUGACCAUUUAUUGCCAACAUAGCACUGUAUCAUAAUAUUUAAUGAGUGAUAUUC